UAUUUGUGGAAAAAAGAAAUAAAAGAACUAUCUAUGCCUUAAUCCCUUUCCCUCUCAUCUCCUUUAAUUUCCUCUUUCUCAAAAUGUCUUUCCACGACAACAUAACCCACGAAAUGGCCCUCCAUCACUACUCCGACCACCACCACCAUCACUUAACCGAAAACGACGACGUUUUAACAAGCAUCUUACCUUCAACCACCACUUCCGACCACCCAAAACCGUCCCAAUCACCACCCCCCACAUGGCUUAACAACGCCAUCCUCCGCCAACACAACACCCACUUCGACAACACUACAAAUAAUAAUAAUAAUAAUAAUAAUAAUAAUAGUAAUAAUUUCCUUAAUUUACAAACAACUAAUUCAGACUCAUCAAACUCAAACAGCCAUUGGUUGUCUCCAAGGCCAUUAUUAGACAAUUCUGAAACCGACAACAACACCCGCGAAUCUAUGUUUGUUGUGUCGGGUGACAACCCGAAAUUAGUGGGUCAACAUCAACACGAAAUUGAAAGCGACGGAAAUGGAAAUAAUAAUGAAAGAUUAGAGUGGGAAUUCGCAAAGUGUAAAGCGGAUAUUUUGUCACAUCCUAUGUAUGAUCAAUUAUUGUCUGCACAUGUUUCGUGUUUAAGAAUUGCUACACCGGUUGAUCAAUUGCCUAGAAUUGAUGCUCAGUUGGGUCAGUCUCAACAAGUUAUUGCUAAGUACUCUGUUUUUGGCAAUCAUAAUAAUCAGCCUCUUGAUGAUAAGGAUCUUAAUCAGUUUAUGGCACACUAUGUUGUACUGCUUUCUUCAUUUAAAGAACAAUUGCAGCAACAUGUCCGUGUCCAUGCAAUGGAAGCGGUCAUGGCUUGUUGGGAGCUUGAACAAUCUUUACAAAGCUUAACAGGUGUAGCACCUGGGGAAGGUACAGGUGCAACAAUGUCUGAUGACGAUGAAGAACAAGUAGACAGUGAUGCUAACAUGUUUGAUGGAGGCCUAGAUGUUUCGGACAGCAUGGGAUUUGGUCUUCCUACUGAAAGUGAACGUUCUUUAAUGGAACGUGUCAGGCAAGAAUUAAAGCAUGAGUUGAAGCAGGGCUACAAGGAGAAAAUUGUUGACAUUAGAGAGGAAAUCCUACGUAAAAGAAGAGCUGGAAAACUGCCUGGAGAUACCACCUCCCUACUAAAAGCCUGGUGGCAGUCUCAUUCUAAGUGGCCUUACCCCACCGAGGAAGACAAAGCAAGAUUGGUACAAGAAACGGGAUUACAGCUGAAGCAGAUUAACAACUGGUUCAUCAACCAAAGAAAAAGGAACUGGCACAGUAAUCCUUCAUCCUCGACAACUGUCAAGAGUAAACGCAAGAGUAAUGCCAGGUGAAACAAAGGAGAAUGUGAUGUUUGAAACUAUUCACAUCACUUACAACUUCAGUAAAAAUUUCGUCAAUACAAUUAGAAGAAAUUAAGUAAGUGAAGUGAAUCCUUUUUCUCUGACUUGGUACAGAAGUGAAUGAUGCCUGUCUUCAUCAGCGAUUCGAAAUAUAAGUUCAGACCCAAGUGACAGUUAUUUUUGAAGGUAUGCCCAUACUUGGACAGUGCAUCACUUCUUUUCUGUUUUAAAGUAUAGUAAUAUAAAAGGUUCAUCGAGUAGACAUAUAAUAUGUAAUACAAAAAUUUUCCAUCAUCUUAAUUUUGAGUUGGAUUUUCUUUUGGGGAAGGGGUGAUUAGAAUUAUCACAGGUUUUGUAUGUAUAUAACCACAUAGUCUAAGUUGGUGAUACCAUUAGGAUGGCCAACAUGUUUAUAUAGUGUGUUUGUGUGUGGGGUAUAUUUAUCAUGUACUAUUCAUGGUGUCUACAAGGAACACCAUUUUCUAUUUCCUAUUGUAAUAAAUAUUAGAAGACAUGGUCAAAAUACAGAUAUUAUGGGCUAUUAUUACGUAUACAUUUGUUGAGAAAA